GAAUACUCGCUUGGAAGCGAGGCCGGGGAGCGACGGAUCAUCGAUGCGCAGAUACCCGAGCAUGCUCUCGUUGCGUUGCCAGGAUCGUCCUCGCUCGCCCUUCUCACCUUUUCUGCACUCCUUUGGGUCGUGUUGACCGACUUCGGGCGCAGCUUGGCCGGGUUCGACACGAGUGCGAUGGCAGACCCAUCAGGGUACGUGCAUCAAUCGGAGUGGUGUGGGAACGAUGCAGUGCUCGUAGGACUGUUUGGGUACACCAGUUCGAAUCACCCGCCAUAUAUACUUCUACUCUGGGUCGACCAUGCCGUAACGCUGGACGGUACCCGUAUCAUCGGUCCAGACACCUGUGAUUUCGUUCAAAAGGUGCCCACGUCCUCUGUCUCGGUCUUCCGUCCCGGCUCGAUAUCACCUUCUGAGAACUCUUCAAGGCCGUCGCCGAAAGCUGACGAAAGUAUCCGUAGCAUACGUCCAGAGCUCGCAGCAGCAGUAGACGAGUGCAUCGACGCAGCUGCUCGGGAAUCGGAGCCCUUCUGGCAGCGGCGCUUGCUGAACCACCGGGCGUGCGUGAAGAUCCUCCGCUCGAAGCCGCAGACGACUGGCACGGGCAAGAACGCGGACCUGGAGUCGGGCGACGAGGCGCUGUCCCGGGUCAUCGUCGAGCGCGUCCGACCCGACAGCGAAGCUUACGUCCGUCAAGGCCGCGCAGCCGCGCAGAAGUUCUUCUCCGAGGACAAGGACAGCUGAUGUGAAGCUAAGAUGAUGGACGAGAGCGUACACCUCAUGACGCUACAGCAAAUACUCGAGAAGGAAGCCGACCGCAAGCUCGCGUUCUUCGGACAAAGCGUUCAGCCUCGUCAACGGCAUGGCGAAGCGGGCGGACAAGAUCAAGUCCGACUUCAAAGUUCCCGACAAGCGGCCCGUUCGUAUUGAACAGUCUCUAGCCGACCGCUGACCACGAUGGCACUGUAGGUUCUGGUAUGUCAAGCUCCAAGCGCUCACUUCAAUUCACGACUUCGAGGGCCUCGAAGUGUUUGCCAAAUCGCGGCGGAGCCCCAUCGGCUACGAGGCAUUUGUGAAGCAUCUUGUUGAGAAGGGGCACCAGAAGGACGCACUGUCGUACGUUCCUCGAUGCGACGGCCCGAAACGCGCCGACUCGUACGUGCUGUGUAACGACCGGCGAGCUGCGGCGAAAAAGUGAAAGGAGCGGGGCAAUCAGGCGAAGCUAGAGCAACUCCGGAAGUCAUGCCCAAACUCGCCGAUUGCGAGAGAGCUGGAGCGGGUGGCUGCUUCGAUGAAGUAGGAUGCCCACUCCUUGACCAAACGGACGUAGUAGUCAGAGCAGAAGUCGUGUUGCUACAGCUUUGUUGGGUAUACGACCAGGUAGGAAGUGUCGAAUGCCGCGCUUUGGGAGAUGUUGCCUGGAGUACACAUGACACUGAAGUCUACUGUGAGUUACCGAUUGGCAUCGGAUGCCACUGGAUGACAGUGGACUUAGC